AGACUGCGUAUCAUCUCCACUGUACUGACGCUGACGACUUCUACAACAAUAGGAAAUAUCAGAUGAUCUCAUGAGUGCACUGUCCGAACUACUAGGCUCCGCACUCCCAACGGAGUCCACAUCCGCCCAACAGAAAGCGUAUGUGACGUACACUUAUCCCUUGCAAGGCGCCGACGGUACAGGCAAAGGCGUCCUGGAUGACGGUGCCGUAACGCUGCUUGAGUCUCGAUCAGUCAUUUCAUCAUCUGGUACGACGGGUCUCCGGACCUGGGAGGCAGCGCUGCUCCUCGGAAGCUAUCUUUCGUCAGAGCAAGGCCAGAAGGCCAUCCGGGGAAAGAGGGUCUUUGAGCUGGGAGCCGGGACCGGCAUGAUCUCCAUCCUCUGCGCGAAACACCUCGGUGCGGCGGGUGUAGUUGCGACCGACGGAGACGAAGCUGUGGUGGACUCCAUCAAGACCAACGUGUUCCUGAAUGGACUAGACACAAAGGAGUCGUCCAGGGUCCCGAUCCAUACGGCGGCUCUGAGAUGGGGAUAUCCAGUGAAUGGAGAGACUUUUGCAGAGGAUUAUGGGAUGGAAGCGCCGGAAGUGCUGCUGGGAGCUGAUGUCACCUACGAUCGAUCCGUGAUUCCACGCCUGGUGACGACGGUGAGGGAAUUCUUCGACCUGAAUGCGGACCUCGAGAUUCUCAUCGCCGCGACAAUACGCAACGAAGAGACAUUCAGGGCAUUCGAGAACGCUUGUGGUGGGUCAUACCAAAAAGUCACCGACUUUUUUUUGGAUGGUUUCUGGUCGAUUCUACGACAGUUGGAUUGACGAAAGAGAAAUGCGUACGCUGACUUUUGUGGGGUAAUUGAUUUUAGGGCGAAACCGGUUCCGUUUAGAGCUGGUGGACUUCCCAGCAGUGCCCGAGCACCUCCAGGUAGGACCUUUCUAUCCAACGACGACUCCGAUCCAAAUCUGGCGAAUCACUCAGCAGAAGGGGUCGGAGGACCCAUUUGC